AUGGCUCCAUCACUCCUUAAAACUGUCGGCGCUGCUGCUGCUGUCCUAGCUGCUAAUGCCGGCGCUACCAAGUCGUACCAAGUUUCCGAAGUUUAUAACUCGACUAAUUUCUUUGAUAAGUUCAACUUCUUCAGCGGAGUUGACCCCAACGGCGGUUACGUCCAGUACCAAACCCAGGCCAACGCGCAGGACCUUGGCUUGGUUAAAACCCAGGAUGGUGAGGUAUACGUUGGUGUAGAUCAUGCUGGCAGCUACCAAGCUGCAGGUGCUGGGCGAAAGAGUGUUAGGUUAGAAAGUAAAAACGUUUACACCAAGGGUUUAAUCAUUGCCGAAUUUACUCACCUCCCUAAGCCCGUCUGUGGUUCCAUGGCCCGCAUUCGUAUGUCUCCUUAUGUUUAUAACGUCACACUAUGCCUUCGAGCCUUCUGGUUCUUUGGUGACCCGUGGCCAACCAAGGGUGAAAUUGAUCUCUAUGAGAACUGGAACGAUCUUAACUUCAACCGCCACACCUCCCAUGUCGACAAGCCUGAUGUUGUCGGGGACUGCACACUUGUCGCAAGCGACAUGACAGCGAAGAUCGACUCCCCCAACUGCUACGACUUCGCUGACGGACAAGCAAACUUCCAAGGUUGUUCCGCUUCCGAGGUCUCUUCUACCUUCGGGUCCGCUUCCGGAGGUAUCUUCGCGUUGCAAUGGACGGAUGAUUUCCUUAAGAUCUGGGAUUGGCCCCGUAACGGCGCCCCCAAGGAUAUUUCAAGCGGCCAGCCGGCUCCCGAUUCUACAUGGGGUCAGCCGUCUUAUGUGAUCAGCAAGUGUAACGUCGACAAAGCCUUCAAGGAAAUGAAGAUGGUUUUGAAUGUUAACUUUUGUGGUGUCGCCGGCCAGCCUAACCAGUGGGAUAGCAGCUGUAAGGCUGCGACUGGAUUUGACACCUGCAACGGUUAUGUCGCCGCGAAGGGCGGAGACUUCGAAUCUUCCAACUUCAAGGUAAAGGAUAUCAAGGUCUACGAGCUUAAGGAGGGCCAAGUCCAAGUUUCAACCUCAUCAACGGUGUCUAGCACGUCCAGCACAUCUGCCACGUCUAGCUCUGCUUCGAUCGUCUCAACUGCCUCGACCGCCUCCGCUACCUCCUCGGCGUCGACCCAAUCUACCAGCUCUGGCGCAUCUGUAACGACGACUUCUUCUGCCUCGCAAAGCACUGCGACAUCAACCGCCUCCGAAGACGACGAUUCUUGUACCGAUGAGAAUGGAGAAACCUCGAGCUCGUCUGUUGUCUCGCCCACCGUGAGCGUGUCGGCCACUACAACCGAGCAGGAGCUGACCACCUCAACCAUUUAUUCAACUGAUAUCCACACCGUCACAUCAUGUGCCCCGACAGUGACCAACUGUCCUGCGGGCGGUUACGUCACUACCAAGAUUAUUUCGGUCGGAACCACUGUCUGCCCUGUGACCAAAUCAGAAGGCUCCAAGACUGAGCCAACGCCAACUGCUAGUGCUCCCGCUGAGUACACCACCAGUGUAGUUGAGGUGACGAAUACAUACACGAUCACCUCGUGCGCGGCCACUGUCACAAACUGCCCCGUUGGUGACGUCACCAGUGAAGUUACCCUCACGACAACCGUGUGCCCUGUGAGCAAGGAAAGCUCAAGUGCUGGCCCUAGCCCUAGCUCAAACAAACCCGCCGAGACACCCAGCACUGUUAGCAAACCCGCUGAGACACCUGGUACAGUCACCAAGCCAGCACCGGCCGAGAGCACCAGCGACGUGAAGAAACCAGAGACCAAGAGUACGGUAACGGAGACGGGCGUAGUCUCGACCCCGAACCCUACAACGGCUAGCAGUGAGGAGAUCAAGUCAUCGGCAACCGAGGGCAGCAGCAGCAGCGGCAGCACCACUAUCACCAACGGCGAGUCUUAUGUUGUCGUGACGCCAACCGUGGCCCCCGCCAGCAGCAUCAACCUAGGCUACAACGGAACAAUAACGACAUCGUUCAUAACCCCCGGCGGUGCGACGUCGACUGGGGCUGCAGGCUGCAAGGGAGCUAACUGCGUCGUGGUUGUUAAUGGUAGUGUUAAGACAAGCGUGAGCUUUACGCUUAUGGGUGUGGUAGCAUUCUUCUUCCUUGCUAUGUAG